GGCGCAGUGUACUUAUCACCGGUAGUGUCAAGAUGGUGGCAAUCAGAAUGCAGUUUACACUUUAUUUGGUGUUGUUGUUAAAUAUUUACAACAGUUUUGUGUCUGCGUUGUACUUUCAUAUCGGCGAGACUGAAAAGAAAUGCUUCAUAGAAGAAAUACCAGACGAAACCAUGAUAAUAGGUAACUACCGAACGCAGCUCUAUGACAAGCAGAAAGAAGAGUAUUUGCCUGCAACUCAAGGACUUGGGAUGUUCGUGGAAGUGAAAGAUCCUGAUGAGAAGGUGAUCCUGUCCCGCCAGUAUGGAUCUGAGGGCAGGUUUAUUUUCACCUCCCACACACCUGGAGAGCAUCAAAUCUGCUUGCACUCAAAUUCUUCCAAAUUUGCUCUGUUUGCUGGUGGGAUGCUUCGUGUUCACUUGGACAUCCAAGUUGGUGAGCAUACAAACAACUAUGCAGAAAUUGCUGCCAAAGACAAGCUCACGGAGCUGCAGCUGAGAGUUCGACAGCUGAUGGAGCAGGUGGAUCAGAUCCAGAAAGAGCAGAACUAUCAGAGGUAUCGUGAGGAACGCUUCAGACAAACCAGCGAGAGCACCAAUCAGAGGGUUCUGUGGUGGUCUAUCGUCCAGACGCUGAUCCUGGUGGCCAUUGGUUUUUGGCAAAUGAGACAUCUCAAGAGCUUCUUUGAGGCUAAGAAAUUAGUAUAGAACUGUAUUUGGAUUUUUU